GUCACAGGGCGUGUGAAUGCCCAGCCUGUCUGAUUCCAGCAACUCCUCCCUCCCACCAGGACGUCCUGAUGCUGGCAGGGGUCCCUGAGAGCAGAAAAGGACACUGAGUCUGUUUGGGUGGGUGGACAAGCAUUCGUAGACCUCAGGCUGAGCUUCCAGGUGUCGGCAGUGAGGAAGGGGGGGUUGAGGGUAUUUCAGGGGGAGGGUCUGUUCUGUUCCCUCUCUGUGACCUCAGUUGUGGGGAGCACAAGCAGGUUGGACCCUUCAUCUCCACUGGGCCUCUUUGCUGUCCUGGGGAACACAUCUGCCCUGUGCUUGGGGCUUAACCCUUUGUGCGGGCAGGUUCAGGACCAGCCAGGGCCAAGCCAGAGGGAGUCCUCAGCUACCAGCCUGCCUAGCAGCCCCCCUGAGACCCGCGGGCUUUGUUCUUGCCGGGCUGGCAUUCGGGUUCAGACAGGGUCCCCGAGCUCCACCCCCGUGCCCAGUAAGCCAGCAGGAUUGGUGGUUAGCAUCCCCGUGGUCCGUCUCUGUCAGGGAGCAGCGACUUCAGCAGCUGUCACCGGUUCCCAUGGGCAUGAUCACCUCUGCUGUAUGAGUCACUCUAGAUGAGGUCCUGGAUUUACAUUUUUGUGGUUGAUCUUCACAAUACCUUUUGAGCAGAUACGGGGCUCCCCACAUCACUUAUGUGGAAACAGGCUCAGAGAGGGUCAGGAGCUCACUCAGGGUCACCAGCUGGGAUGUAAUGGUGAUGGGAUUUAAACCCCUGUUGAUUUACCUCCAUAGCCCCCGCACGUCUGUGCCGUGUAAGACCCUUCCCCUGUGUCCUCUGCAUGCUUCCCUCCCCUGCACCCCUACGUAAGACCAUAGAUAUGUGUAGGACAUCUCCACUGGGGCCACCUUGCAGACUUUGCCUUGUCUCUGCCUCACAGCGCUGUGAGGUUGGUGCUGUGUUUAUCCCCAUUGUACGGGUGUGAAGACUGAGGCUUAGGGGAUUGGAGUCACUUGCGCAGGAACCCACAGCUUGGUGGUGGCGGUUCCAAAAGUGGUCGUGGGACCAUCCAACUUCAGAACCUCCCAUCUUAGUUCAUCACAUGGGGUUCCUGCCAGGCUCUCUGCCUGCCUCUGCUCUGGUGCCCCAGCACCAGGGAGACCUCGCUCCCAGGACAUCCCCUUCUGUUGUGGCUGGCUGCAGACUGUCCUCCCUUCCUGAAGCCAUAGCGAUUCCCUGGUCACUUCUUAGACCUGCGGCUUCCGUGGCUCCUGGGGCCUCACUGAACUAAGAGGCUUUUUUGUCCUGUGAUGACUUUUUUUUUUUAACAUUUAUUUAUUUUUGAAAGAUCGAGAUCGAGUACAAACGGGGGAGGGGCAGAGAGAGGGAGACACAGAAUCCGAACCAGGCUCCAGGCUCUGAGCUGUCAGCAAAGAGCCCGACCCAGGGCUCAGACCCACAAACUGUGAAAUCAUGAUCUCAUGAUCUGAGCUGAAGUUGGAUGCUUAACCGACGGAGCCACCCAGGUGCCCUUGUCCUGUGAUGACUCUUAAACACAGCAGGGAGUGGGUAGGCUUAUCCCUUCCCAGGGGCACUGGUCCUCAGCAAGGGGGCUCUGGUUCAAGAUACCCCCUUGGAGGAAGCAGCAGCCAGAAAAGUUAGGUAGUCUGCCUUCCUCUGGCUUACCCACUAGCACCACGGUUUGGACUGUUCUAGAUGCAGAAGGUCAAAGAGUGGGUGGUGUGGGAGCUGCCAGAGGCAGAUGGGCAGGCUUCCCUCUGUAGGUUUCUCCCUGAGUCUCAGCGCACCGUGGCUAAGACCCAAGAUGCCUACGUCUGAUUUUGGUUUCAUGUCUUACUACCCGCGUAACUUGGAUCAAGUCACUUUUCUCAGUGCCUCUGUUUGCUCAUCUGUAAAGCAGAGAUAAUCCCAGGACUUCCUCACCAUUUGUUAACGGAGAUGAAAGAGAUGAAAAGAGUCCGUAUAUUAGAAUAGUCCCGGCACAUAAAAAGCAACUUCAGUGUUUCUUCAGUAAGUAAAAGAAAUGAACACUGAGGCGAUCGAACCAUCCCGAUCUAUGUUUCCUGAUGCAGAGAAGGGUAAGAGCCCAAAGAGUGUAUGGUGGCCCUGAUGUGGCACACGCCGGGAGGAGGUGUCACUGGGCCCACUGAGUGCUAAGGAUGCUGUAACAGUUCGUCAUUAUUAAGAAUAGUAAUGAUGACCAUGUCUUGAUAGCUGUUACAGGCCAGCCACUGUGCUGAGUGUUUUGUUAGUUGAUUGAAAUCUGCCUGCCAAUCCUGUUAGCUCCAUUUUGCAGAUGGGAAAACUGGGGCGUGGAGGUUGGGCAGCUGGUGGCUCAAGUCACACAGCAAGGAGGUGCCUGACGGGACAGCCCUGGCUCCUGGCUGGUUCCCCACAAGCCUGCCUUUUUUUAACACAUUUUUUUCUAACAUUUAUUUUUGAGAGAGACAGAGAGCGAGCAGAGAGAGGCAGAGAAUCCCAAGCAGGCUCUGUGCCAUCAGCGCAGAGCCCGAUGCGGGGCUUGAACACAAACCAUGAGAUCAUGAUUUGAACUGAAAUCAAGACUGAGAUGCCCAACUGACUGAGUCACCCGGGCCACUCCCAGCCUACCUUUUCACUCUGGCUUGGUCCAUCUGAGUCCUGAACAGUAGUCAGCUCGAGCUGCCAUUACAGAAGACCACAGACCGGGUGGCUUGGACAACAGAAAUAUAUUGUCACACGGUCAUGAAGAGUGGAAGUCUGAGAUCACAGUGCCAGCACAGUUGGGUCUGGUGAGAACCCUCUUCCUGGCUUACAGACAGCCACCUUCUCUCUGUCCUCACGUGGUGGGGAGACAGAGAUUUGUCUUCCUGUCCUGUCAGAUUAGGUCCCUGUGACUUUAUUUAUUAACCUUAAUUAUCUCUUGAAGACCCUGUGUCCAGCUGUAGUUGUGUUGGGGAUUAAGAGUUCACCAUACAGGGGCACCUGGGUGGCUCAGUCAGUUAAGUGUCCGACUUUGGCUCAGGUCAUGAUCUCGCAGUUCGUGGGUUCAAGCCCCACGUUGGGCUCUGUGCUGACAGCUCGGAGCCUGGAGCCCGCUUCAGAUUGUCUCUCUCUCUCUCUCUCUCUCUCUCUCUGCCCCCUCCCCUGCUCUCUCUUUCUCUCUCUGUCUUUCUCAAGAAUAAAUAAACAUUAAAAAAAAAAAAGAUUUCACCAUACAAAUUGGGCAGGUCAGGGACACAGCUCAGUCCAUACUAGGACCUCCCCAGUGGCCUUUUGCUGUCCCCUCCUCAUUAGCUGGUACCCUCUUCCUCUCUUUGCUCAGUCACCAACCUGAGAGAAAGUUCAGAGCUGGGAGGGACAGUGAAUGUGAUAAAAACUCAUGCUCCUGUCACAGAUGGAGCUGCUGAAGCCCAGAGAAGAGAAAAGUCUUGUCCAAAGUCCUACAACAAGCCUGCUUCAGAUCCAGGGUCAGAACCCGGGUCCCUGCCUCCCAGCCUGGCACCUCCACGAAGCUCGGUUGGCAUGCUAGUGGGCUUGCCUGAGUGUGCUUCAAGUGUGGGCCUUCAAGUUCAGUCCAGAAGCUUCUCUGAAGCAGUGGAGAGGGCCGGAUGUGACAGGGUGGCAUCCCUGGGCUGGCACGUGAUGUGAUCUCCCAGUGUGGCACACCUUGGCCUCAGUACCUCAGAGGUGGGAGUGACAGUGAUGAUCCCCUUGCCAGAAGGCUCCCCCUUAUGAUAACACAGAGAGUCACGUUGAACCACUCUGUUCAAGAGGUGUCAAGGCUUCAUGCCUUGGCCUGCCACCUGUCUUGUGUGUGGCCCUGGGCAAGUCCCAGUUGUGCUCUGGGCCACAGUGUGCCCUCCCAUAAAGGAGGUUCGGUGGUCUGUGCCCUCCCUGCCCACCUCAGUAUUGAGCUCAUUACCUUGAUAAUGUUUUCUGGUAUUUGCAGAGCCACGUGGAAGCCAGAAUGGUAAGGUCUGAGUGAGGCUUUUGGCUUGUAGUCUCCCGUCGGUGAGAUGGAACAGGGAGGGGCUUGGAUGAAUCUUCAGCCCUUCCGCCAAGGAGGGAAGGGAACAGCACUGGGCACUUUGUACCCAUCAAGCCACUUAAACCCUUGCUGUCCAAAGUGCAGGUCGAAGACCAGCAGCAUCGGCCUUGCUGCGUGCUUGGUUAGAAAAGCAGAAUCUCAGGACGCCUGGCUCACGGUUUGUGAGAUUGAGCCCCAUGUCAGGUUCUUUGCUGUCAGCUCGGAGCCUGCUUGGGUUUCUCUCUCUCUCCCUCUCUCUCUCCCUCUCUCUCUCUGUCUCUCUCUCUCUCUCUCCCUCUCUCCGUCCUUCCCCUGCUCAUGCUCCCCGUGUCAGGUUCUUUGCUGUCAGCUCGGAGCCUGCUUGGGUUUCUCUCUCUCUCUCUCUCUCUCUCUCUCUCUCUCUCUCUCUCUCCGUCCCUCCCCUGCGUAUGCUCUUCUCUCCCUCUGAACAAUAAAUAAACAUGAAAGAAAGAAAGAAAGAAAGAAAGAAAGAAAGAAAGAAAGAAAAAGAAAAGAAGAAAGAGAGAAAGAAAGAAAGCAAGAAAAGCAGAGUUUUAGGUUAAACCCCAGAUCUGCUGAACCAGAAUUUGCAUUUUACCAAGAUUCUCAGCUGAUUGAUGUGCAUAUCAAACCUGGAGAAGAACUGAUUUCAACCACCCGUAGCUGCCCUCGUAGGUCUUUUCUAACCCCAGUUACAGGAGUUACUGGGCACAUUUAGACCUCUUUAGAUCUGUAAAAUGAGUGGCGUUGGAGCCAUACUAGCCCAAUGAUUUUCAAACGGUGUUCCUCGGAGCCCUGGGGUUCCCUGGAGGACCCAUAGGGGCCGCCAUGGGUGCCGGUGCUUCAGGGUGAGAUUCACGGAGAAAUGGGUCUGUCACUAAACAUUUCGCAACCCCCUGGGCUGGUGGGCUCCCAGAUAGGUCUGGGGGCCGGCACGGGGUCCACGCUGAACAGACUCUCUUCUUUCUCAGGGAGCGCUUGAAGCGCAGCCAGAAGAGCACCAAGGUGGAGGGGCCCGAGCCCGUGCCGGCCGAGGCCUCCCUGAGUGCCGAGCAGGGAACGAUGACGGAGGUGAAGGUGAAGACAGAGCUACCUGAUGACUACAUCCAGGAGGUGAUCUGGCAGGGGGAGGCCAAGGAGGAGAAGAAGGUGGUCAGCAAGGAUGGGCCAGGCGACGUGCCCGCCGAGAUCUGCGUGGUGAUCGGUGGCGUUCGUAACCAGCAGACCCUCGAUGGAAAAGCGCCCGAAGGCAGCCCCCACGGUGGAUCUGUGCGAAGCCGCUAUUCAGGGACCUGGAUUUUUGACCAAGCGUUGAGAUAUGCAUCUGGAUCCUAUGAGUGUGGAAUCUGUGGCAAGAAGUACAAAUAUUAUAACUGUUUCCAGACCCACGUACGGGCACACCGAGACACUGAAGCCACCUCAGGGGAGGGAGCCUCCCAAGGCAACAAUUUCAGGUACACAUGUGACAUCUGUGGGAAGAAGUACAAAUACUACAGCUGCUUCCAAGAGCACCGGGACCUGCACGCGGUGGAUGUAUUUAGUGUGGAAGGGGCCCCUGAGAAUCGGGCAGACCCCUUCGACCAAGGUGUCGUGGCCACUGACGAAGUGAAGGAGGAACCCCCGGAACCGUUCCAGAAAAUCGGGCCAAUGAACAAUAUUACAUCAGAAAUUUUUAAGAAGAAAGAAGUUAGGCAGUGCCCAAAGAGAGAAACUGGCAAUUACACCUGUGAAUUCUGCGGAAAGCAGUACAAGUACUACACGCCCUACCAGGAGCACGUGGCCUUACACGCCCCCAUCAGUACCGCCCCUGGGUGGGAGCCACCGGACGAUCCAGACACGGGCUCUGAGUGUUCACAUCCGGAGGUCUCCCCGUCUCCACGCUUCGUGGCAGCGAAGACCCAGACGAACCAGUCGGGGAAAAAAGCUCCGGCCUCCGUGGUCCGAUGCGCCACCCUCUUACACCGCACCCCUCCAGCCACCCAAACCCAGACGUUCCGCACUCCAAAUUCGGGAUCUCCGGCAAGCAAGGCAACUGCAGCAGAAAGCGCUUUCAGUCGGAGAGUAGAAGGCAAAGCACAAAACCACUUCGAAGAGACAAAUAGCAGUUCCCAAAACUCCAGCGAAACUGCAAGUCCCCUGAUUUCCAAUCCUUUCCCUCUCCUACAGAAGCCCUACACCUGUGGCGCCUGUGGGAUCCAGUUCCAGUUCUACAACAACCUGCUGGAGCACAUGCAGUCCCAUGCAGCAGACAACGAGAACAACAUCGCCUCCAACCAGUCCCGAUCGCCACCCGCUGUUGUGGAAGAGAAGUGGAAACCGCAGGCCCAGAGGAACAGCGCCAACAACACCAUGACCGGCGGUUUAACACCCAACAGCAUGAUCCCCGAGAAGGAGCGGCAGAAUAUCGCAGAGCGGCUGCUGAGGGUCAUGUGCGCUGACCUGGGCGCACUGAGUGUGGUGAGUGGGAAGGAGUUCUUGAAACUGGCCCAGACUCUGGUGGACAGUGGUGCCCGCUACGGGGCCUUCUCGGUCACGGAGAUCCUGGGCAACUUCAACACACUGGCGCUGAAGCACCUGCCCCGCAUGUACAACCAAGUGAAGGUGAAGGUGACGUGUGCCUUGGGCAGCAACGCCUGCCUGGGCAUCGGUGUCACCUGCCACUCGCAGAGCGUCGGCCCCGACUCCUGUUACAUCCUCACAGCCUACCAGGCCGAGGGCAACCACAUCAAGAGCUACGUGCUGGGCGUGAAGGGCGCGGACAUUCGCGACAGCGGCGACCUGGUGCACCACUGGGUGCAGAACGUGCUGUCGGAGUUCGUGAUGUCCGAGAUCAGGACAGUGUACGUGACCGACUGCCGGGUGAGCGCGUCCGCUUUCUCCAAGGCCGGCAUGUGCCUUCGCUGCUCAGCCUGUGCCUUGAACUCGGUGGUGCAGAGCGUGCUGAGCAAGCGGACGCUGCAGGCCCGCAGCAUGCACGAGGUCAUCGAGCUGCUCAACGUGUGCGAGGACCUGGCGGGCUCCACGGGCCUGGCCAAGGAGACCUUCGGGUCCCUCGAGGAGACCUCGCCGCCGCCCUGCUGGAACUCGGUCACGGACUCGCUGCUGCUGGUACACGAGCGCUACGAGCAGAUCUGCGAGUUCUACAGCCGCGCCAAGAAGAUGAACCUCAUCCAGAGCCUCAACAAGCACCUGCUCAGCAACCUGGCGGCCAUCCUGACGCCGGUGAAGCAGGCGGUCAUCGAGCUGAGCAACGAGAGCCAGCCCACCCUGCAGCUCGUGCUGCCCACCUACGUCAGGCUGGAGAAGCUGUUCACGGCCAAGGCCAAUGACGCGGGCACCGUCAGCAAGCUGUGUCACCUCUUCCUGGAGGCCCUCAAGGAGAACUUCAAAGUGCACCCGGCGCACAAGGUGGCCAUGAUCCUGGACCCGCAGCAGAAGCUGCGGCCCGUCCCGCCCUACCAGCAUGAGGAGAUCAUCGGCAAGGUGUGCGAGCUCAUCAACGAGGUGAAGGAGUCCUGGGCCGAGGAGGCCGACUUCGAGCCCUCCGCCAAGAAGCCCCGCUCCGCCGCGGGCGAGAACCCUGCAGCUCAGGAAGACGAUCGGCUUGGGAAAAAUGAAGUGUACGAUUACCUGCAGGAGCCCCUCUUCCAGGCCACCCCUGAUCUCUUCCAGUACUGGUCGUGCGUUACCCAAAAGCACACAAAACUCGCCAAGCUGGCCUUCUGGCUGCUCGCGGUCCCGGCCGUGGGGGCCAGGAGCGGGUGUGUAAAUAUGUGUGAGCAAGCGCUUCUAAUCAAAAGGAGGCGACUGCUCAGUCCGGAAGAUAUGAACAAACUCAUGUUUCUGAAAUCCAACAUGCUUUAAGACUUGACUUCGGAACAAAAAGAAAUAAGAAAGAAAAGAAAAGAAAAAGAGAAGAGAAACAUUAGGAAAACACACACACACACACACACACACACACACACACACACAACACUGUCGCAAACAAAAGGAAUUUAAGUUCUAAACACUGUGGACCUCAUUAUAAAUGCCCCCUGGAAACUUAAGUGCUUUUUCAGUGUGUGUGUGCAUGUGUGUGCACACCCGCACACGUGUGGACGUGUCCCAGCACGUGCACCCUGGGUGUGGGGCGUGGGGGCCCCGUGCUCGUCUGCGCAGCCACGGCAGCUCUGUGCACGCAUGCACACACACACAGCCCUGGUGCAUGUGCACGUGCCUGCUCGCGGGCGCGUGUGCAUUAAACUGGGUGUGUCAGGAAAGCUGAGUGGGAAAGAGGGAAGACGCUUCACCUCCUUUUCUCAGUGAGGGGGCUUUAAAGACGCUGUUUUCAGGUGUGCAGAUUGGUAGAAAGCUGAUGUCGUAAAACGUUCAGGCAGCUGAGAUCUGAAGUGACUUGACGCUCUCUGUCCUUGACCCCGUGGUCCCCACCCAUCCCUCCCGACCCUCCUCCCCUCCCCCCUCCACGCCCUCCUGACCCUCAUGCACCCACCCCUCCCCGGCUGCUCUGCCAUGGAUUCUCCAGACUGCAUCAGAUGGACAGUUUCUGCACUGGACUUUGUUCUCGUUCACCUUCAGGGCAUUGAGCUGUUGCCUUCGAGAUACCCUUGGGUGUCACAGGGCAGCCGCCUUAGAAACACAUUUAUCUAUCUCCCCAAAUCAGGAAAGGAGACUUUAAGAAUAUAAAGCUGACUUUUUGCUUUUUAAUAUAAGAUAGAAAAAAAACAUUUUUUAAAGAAGUAUAGAUACUGUCUCCACUCCUUAAUAAUUGUUUUUCCUAACAUUUUUGCAGUUUUUUCCUUUUUUUUUUUUUUUUUUUUUUUUUCAAAUUUGAUUUUAGACCCUGCUAGGAGGCACUGAAUGUCUGUAACUUAUGUUUUGGAGGUUUUUUUUUUUUUUUUUCCCAUUUGCCCUUUUUGUUCCUCAAAUCACACUGUAAACUAGCUCAUCUCAGUGGUAUACUCAGUAUCCUAAGGUUUUUAUUAGCCCUCCCUGUACAGUCCCAUUUUCAUGUAUUUGAACAGCCAAGACCAUGAACGUACUUGGCUUGGCUAUUUGGGAACCAGGAGUGGGGUUGGAGUCACGGAUUUCACAGAGGUGGGGUUCGGUGGAAGCCAUAGGGAAGCAUGUGGCUUGGGAGUGUUCCUGAAUGUAAGCGGAAGGCCCGUCCUCCUGGUUCGCCGUGUCUGGUACUGCGAAUGUCUGAUUUAUAUACCCAGAGUGCAUUACACUACUCGCCCCGUCACUGACACUUCCGGCUCCACAGGGACUCCUGAGUCCACCCAUGUCCACGUCUGUCUCGCCUCGGACCCACGGCCCCUCCCCCCUCCCCAGGACCCCAGGGAUUCCGGUGGUUCCAUUGCCCGCAGCCUGGGGUUCCCCACGUGGGCCUCAGCCCUCCUUCCAGGACAGUAGUUGAGCACGGUGCCUUGUGGGCCUAACAGUUGAUGUCUUGAAGGUAGAAUGGCAUUAUCAGACCACAUUCCCCUUGAGGCUAUGAAAGAUGGCUUUUCUCUCCAUGAGGAAUUUACGUUUUACACACUCAGUCCAUAUGGCAAGAGGGUGGCCCCUUUGCCCUUAUACGAGGUGGUUCUGUCACGGUCAGUACUCCACCCCCCACCCCACCUCUCCACGAGUAACGUGCCCGUGGCUGCCUGUCCCCCCGGUGCCCACACCUGUAGGAUACAGAUGGUUACGCCAAGGGCUUCGGGCGAAGAACGACCACCAUCACGGAGGACUCUGCAAAGGCACGUUUUACCAUUUUGAGGGUUGACUCCACUCCGUCCCUUCCUGUUAAUAAAGCAUUACUUAGCCGUGAGAUACCUCGAUUCCAAAAAGCACUGUACAACAUCCCCAUCCCCGGGUCCGUAGCAGAUGGGGAAGUCGAGUUGGUUCAGAGACUCAAGAAGGCUUAGGAUUAUAGGCCAGAACAGUGUCCCUGGGGGCCGAGCCCGCUCACGUCACCUCAUGAGAACUAACCCAGCUUUCCCCUCCCAAGUGUUGGACGUACUAAAAUGCAUCAAAGUGUGGCCGUUCGAAGCUUCGCUCCAGCAAGCCGUGGUCUCGGGAACCAAUGUGCCAUUUCCUCUCCUGGAGAAGCUCUGGGUAUUUCCCCCCCCCAUUUCCAAUUGGGUCACGUCACCAGAAGAGCCUCCAUCUGCACUGGACAGUCACCUGAUGGCGCUUUCUAGAGCGCGUGGGAGCAUCAGCAGACCUUACGAUCAGAGCUUUGAGGACAUUCCAGAAGGCAGCUGCAGGGUUGCUGAAGAGUGACAGAUGCAUCCUGCAGCAAAAGGCCCCUCCGGUUUUGCUUUGCUGCUGGGGGAGGGUCCGCGACCUGGCCCUUUGAACCGCACGAGGAGGAUCAGAGUUGCCCACUUGGUGUGGUUGGUGGGAGCAGAGCCUCGGAGCCCGUCCUCCCUCUACUGAAGGCAGAGUGGUUACGCCGUUGCCCCGUGUUUGGGCCAGUUAGUUAGAAAACAGACAUUUUACUCUCUUGCAAAGCCAUCAGAGACCAAGCCCAGAUAAUGCGUUUAGAGCACUCCACAUUCUGUUUGGAACACGGGGAUAUCUGGCCUCCAGAGUGAAAAUUCGAGGAAGUCUAGUUAACUAAACUUUAGGUAUGAAGUCCUAUGUGUCCCCCCCCCCCCCCCCCGUUCUGUUCUUUUUUCCAACCCUCCGGGCUUGGCUUGCUCUGCAGGUUUAAGGUGGAUGCCACUGGACACUCUCAACGCUGUCUCCAGGGGCUGCUUCCUCCAGGAUGGUGACAAGGUGGCAGGUGGUCCUUUCUCUCUUGCAGCCACUGGUUCCUCCGAAACUGGGGUCGCAAACAGGAAAGGCUGUAUCAAGGUGCCCCUUCAGUCGGCUUUCUCACGCAGGCCAUUCCCGUAGUGCACAUCUUGCUGCAGUGAACAGCUUAGUAAAAUCCAAAGAUCUCACAGGCUCAGCCACUGGCCCCUCGUUUCCAGCAAUAUCCACCUUACCCACAUUCUAGUUUAGCCAAAGGACUGAGGUAGACUCUUCCAGUUCAUCUCCCAGCAUCUCCCAUGGCAUCGACCUUCAGAAAGAUUCUGUCUUCUGCACCCCCGUUCUGUGACCACCUUGGGACUUUCCACCACAGGCCCUUGGUUGCAGGCAGAGCAGGAAAUAGGGCCAUUUCUGUCAUGUUCUCGACCGCUCAAGGUGGUCGUCUGCUGACUCGGACACGGCCUGCCUCAAGCCAUGCGAUUCCCAGGACAGAAAUGGUCUGGCGCUGACAUCCGUGGAGCCCAGGGGGGAGGUGGAGAGAACGCGCCUCCCCUCUGCGGGGUGUUUUCCCCUCCCGUGAGGCCACUGGGCUUCACCACCAAAGCCAGGGCCAAGGACUGCAGCCUCACGGGUGGUUGAUGGAGUAGCCUGGGCGUGGCUGCUCUUGUCCCAACGCCGUUCUCCCUCCCUGUGCCCGGGUCCACCAGCCAGGCCUCCCUCAGAUGGGGGCCGAAAGCCGGGAAGCGAAACGGAGGGGCCACGUGAGCAGAGCUCCUGCCUGCACUUCACCUUGGGGGUUCGUGGUGCAGAAAGCCGCGGGUCGUACCUGCCAGCGAGGUUCCUUUGCCACCGUCCCCACCUGAUGGCCUCUGGCUUGGCUGCCGGGGACCGGCCCUUGGCUGGGAGAAGGGUACAAAGGUUUCCUGGUGAGAGAACCGUCCGAGGAAGGACUUUCUUUUUGCAUCUGGUCCAUUGGCUGGCAAGUGAUCUCUCCCUGAGUUUGCUCUUUAUCUCCUGCACUUUCAAGAAACACCAGGGAAAAACUCUGCAAGGCGUGUUUUCCACUGUGAAGCCUCAUCUCGCCUUCAGGAGGCCCCUGUGUUUAUGCGAGGGGCAACCUGGGGAGACGUCAGGGAUGCCGCACGCACUCUCGGGGGCCACGCGUUCACGAGAAAGGCUUGAAGGAAAGCUGGGUUGCAGACGGAGCUGGGCUCCUGUGAGCGACCGCCCAGGAGGGGGGCAGUACCUGGGAGCCAUCGUCACGAUGGCUGCGCUCGCAGAGACGGGAAGAGGAGGUAACACGGGGCGUCGGGAGCGGUCUCCUCCCGCCCCGCUGAGCUGGGGUGAGUUCACAGCACGGCGCCUGUGUCCCCGGGGCGUACCUGACGGGGAGCUCCCGGAAAGGCUGCUGGUUUAGGUAGAACAGAGAGGCUGAGUCAGGCUCCGGCCGUCCCCUGGAGACCGUCGGUGGGGGCUCCCGCCUCAGCCCUGCCGACCCCAGCCCAGGCCCCCGGAUCCUGCUGGGCCGCGGGGAGGACUGGGAGGGGGCCUGCCCCUCUCUUCACUGUGGCUAACGUUUGCUAGGCCAGUUAUGGUGAACCAAUGAUACAGUGUCUUGUCCUCUUAUGUUUCCCUCCCGGUUUCCCCUCUUGAGGGUCUUCUGGAGGAUUUGGUGGUGGUGGUGGUGGUAUUGUUUUUCUUCCUCUCUCAUUCGGGUUUGAGGACGGUGGUCAGUAGAGGCCUGCCUUUCCCUGGAGGGGCCUGUGGGUUCUGUGUGAAGACGCACCUGCUCCCGCUUUGAUGAGGGGGAAGGUCCUUAGGUCGCCGUUGGCUUCUGUUCAUGCCCCCACGGCCGCCACCGGCCACCACCACGGGUGUCGCUUUAAAGAUCCAGCUCCUGUUCCAGAGAAGGAUUCGCUAGGUCUGCAGUUGGGCGUCAGCAUCAGGACCCACGAGGGUCCUACCCACCCGUGCGUCCCCACCGGGCACCUUGACUCUUCGAACCAAAGUUCCUUAAAGGGGCACAGCCCAGCCUUGUCCGCAACCUCAGGGGCCUGGGAUCCCUGUGGCGCUUCCUGAAGUCCAGGUCGGCAGAGACCGUGGGGUCUGCGGCCAGCCGGAAGGAGGCCUCCUCCCACAACCCAGGUGCCAGCCGGUCCCCGCCUGGGGCCCUCCCUCCCGCCCAGCCGGGGGGGUGGGGGUGGGGGGGGCCGGGUUCCCAGGCGGCGAGCCAGCUCGCGGACUGGCGUGGGGCUGGGACUCGCCAGCCAGGAGAGAGAGGACCCGCCGGGCAGCGCGUCCGGGGCCAUUCAGAUCCCAAGCAUCAGGAAAUCAUUUUGUACAACCACCCGAAGCAGAGAUAUUUUUUAAGAAGCGUAAAUUAUUUUCAGUUGUUUUCUGAUCCUGCUUUUUUCUUUUCCCUGCAACUUCGCAUCAGUGAUUCUUUCACAUCAGGUAAAUCUCGAGAAAGCCUUGGUGCCCCUCCCUCCCUGCACCCCGCUCAGUAACCACGUGCGUGCACCCCAUCCUUUCUCAGUAGUUAAGACGUUCUAGGCAAUACCAUAGACACAUCUGACUGUGUCUCUCUCUUCGAGUGCAAGAAACUCAAGUCAUCUUAAAAAAAUACAAAAAAAAAAAAUUUACAAAAAAACAAACACAAAAAAAAUAUCUUUUUUAGGCCAGAGUUUUCUACAGGUAUUAAUGAAUAUUUUUCUUAAUCCUUAUAAGUUUUAUGUGUUUAAUAUUUCUUAAUACCGGUAGCAUUAAUUUAUACUUUUGUAGCAACACAAUAUUUUUAUAAACAGCCAGUGCUUGGCUCCAGUCUCCACGAGGGGUUUAUGCAGGGCCAUCUUGGGACCCUGCGUACCAUGUACUGUAUUUAAAAAAAAGUUACCUAGUGUCACCCUUGCUGUGUUAAUUAACAAAAGACGUUGUUCGCGGUCUCCUGUGUCGUUGGUGUGGAUCCAACAGCUCUCCAAGGAGUCACGUUGCAUGGGGGUUGAGUUGACGGUUCUUGUGAUACGUAAACCCCCGAGACCAAACUUGAGGGUUUAUUUAGGGUUUUUUUGUUCGUCCUUUGGGAUUUUCGUUUCACUUUGUUUUGGUACCGUAUCUCCAUUUACAGCCAAAUCCGUUUCGUGAUGUUUAAAACUUUUUCUGAUGUGAAAUGGAGGAAAGGAACAGGAAAAAAAAAAAAAAAAGAUUUUUACAAAGUAAUAAAAUUUAAAACUGAGCUGUUUCAAUGUUGCUGUUUUUACCUGUCUGUUCUUGUCCAAAAGUGGGACAUUCCCAGGAAGAAGAGGAAGGUUCCGCUUGGUUCCUUAAAUCGCCAAAAGCCCCCGCCCAGAAUUCACACCCUACCCCCGAAUUCUUGCAACAUUAUUUCCCAGUUGGUUGAUGCCAAGGCAAAAAGACAUCCUUUUAAUGGUUAGAGAGGAUCAGUUACUUAAACGAUUUCAUGUCAGUGUUGUAUUUAUGGUUUUACAAUAAAACAACCUUUAGGAAGA